AUGCAAAACUUGUUGGAGAAAUUAAGGCCUCUUGUGGGUGCAAGAGCUUGGGACUAUUGUGUUCUUUGGAGACUAAACGAGGACCAAAGGUUCUUGCAGUGGCUGGGAUGUUGUUGUGGUGGGACACAACUCAUUGAGGAAAAUGGAACAGAAGAGUUUAGCUUCGGAGGUUGUAGAGAUGUUAUGUUUCAUCAUUCUCGAACCAAAUCUUGUGAAUUUCUUUCCCAUCUUCCUUCUUCCAUCCCUCUUGAUUCCGGGAUAUAUGCGGAGACUCUUUUGACUAACCAGACCGGUUGGUUGAGUGAGAGCUCAGAACCAGGUUUUAUGCAGGAAACUAUAUGUACUAGGGUUUUGGUUCCUAUACCGGGAGGAAUAGUGGAGCUCUUUGCAACCAGACAUGUAGCUGAAGAUCAGAACGUGGUGAACUUUGUAAUGGGGCAUUGCAACAUGUUGAUGGAUAAAACCGUAACUAUCAACAUGAUGGUAGCGGAUGAGGUCGAAUCCAAGCCGUAUGGGAUGUUACCUGGUGAGAUCCAUCAAAAAGGUUCAAAGGAGGAAGAGAUAAUGAAUCUCCCAUCGCCAUAUGAUAUCUCAGCUGAUCAAAUCCGGCUCAACUUCUUGCCUCAGAUGAGUGAUUACGAGGCACAACAACACUUAAAGACGAAGAGUGAUUAUCAUCAUCAAGACUUAGGGUAUUUCCCGGAGAAUGGUGACAAGGGCAUGAACCCAUUUAACACGGCUGCAGAAGAAGAAAUGUCGGUGAUGGGUGAGCCUAGCUUGCUUGUGAACGAACAGCAAGUUGGUAAAGAUAAGGAGGAACUGAAUGAGAAUGCAACUGGUUCAGAUUGUAGCGACCAGAUUGAUGAUGAAGAUGAUCCAAAGUAUAAGAAGAAGACAGGAAAACAUGCUCAAGCUAAGAACCUAAUGGCUGAGAGACGGAGGAGGAAGAAGCUAAACGAUAGACUUUAUGCUCUCCGGUCACUUGUUCCCAGGAUAACCAAGUUGGAUAGGGCAUCGAUUCUUGGUGAUGCGAUCAAUUACGUUAAAGAGUUGCAGAAUGAGGCAAAGGAGCUUCAAGACGAGCUUGAAGAGAAUUCAGAGACUGAGGAUGGAUCUAACAGGCAGCAAGGAGAGAUGAGUCUGAACGGGACAGUGGUCACUGGGUUUCAGCAGGGCCUUUCGUGUAACCAGAAUGUUGUUCCUAACCUAAAACAAGAUGCUGAUCUUGAGAAUUCCAAUGACAAAGGACAAGAAAUGGAGCCGCAGGUGGACGUGGCUCAGUUAGAUGGCAGAGAGUUUUUCGUAAAGGUGAUUUGUGAAUACAAACCUGGAGGCUUCACAAAUUUAAUGGAGGCACUUGAUUCUCUUGGACUUGAGGUCACAAAUGCUAACACUACUCGAUUCCUUAGCCUUGUCUCCAAUGUCUUUAAAGUUGAGAAAAAUGAUAGUGCGAUGGUGCCAGCUGAACAUGUGAGGAACUCGUUGCUGGAAAUAACCAGGAACACAUCUCGAGGAUGGCGUGAUGAUCAGAUGGCAACUGGUUCCAUGCAAAACGAAAAGAACGAGGUUAACUAUCAACACUAUGAUGAUCAUCAUCACUUACACGAUCAUCAGAUAAACCAGAACGCUCACCUUCAUCACCACCAUCAACACAUCAACCAUUACCAAAACCAAUAA